AUGGGGAUUGGACAUAAUAUGAGUGUGUCCAAUAUGAGUUAUUGCCUUACUGGCGUGCAUGCUAUGCUUAAUAAGACCUUUGGAGUUCUGGCUGUUGCAGGUUUUUCCUUUGAGACAAUCUUGACUCAACAACCACAGAAUGAGAAAGUCUUAAAGCAUACACAGGAGAAAAAGAUGGCAUUGUGUGAGACAUGUGGUUCUUUCCUUGUAGCAAAUGAUCCUGCAGAGAGAACACAAUCUCAUGUGACAGGAAAGCAACAUAUUGGUUAUGGCAUGGUCUGGGACUUCGUUAACGAGUUUAAGAAUUUUAUUCUACAAGUGGCUAAGGAGAAAGCAAGGGAAGAGGAAAGAUUAGCAAGGAAGAAAGAAGCAGAAGAACAGAGAAAGCAGCAGGAAAAGGAAAAGGAAAAGGAAAAUGAGAGUAGAGGCAGAGGAAUUGCUCAUUUGUUAAUUUGGUCCUUGACAGUAUUCUAA